AUGGGUAUUAUUAAAGAGACUAUCAAAGAAGGCAAUAGAAAAGACUAUCCUACAAAAGGAGAUAGAGUUUCUAUACAUUAUACAGGAACACUUGAGAAUGGAAAAAAAAUAGAUUCUUCGUAUGAUAGAGGUAGACCUUUUGCUACAAUUAUUGGAACGGGGCAAGUUAUUCGUGGCUGGGAUGAAGCUAUUCUUCAAAUGAGUGUUGGUGAACGGGCUAAACUUAUAAUUACUGGAGAUUAUGGGUAUGGUCAAGCAGGGUAUCCAGGUAUAAUACCCCCAAAUGCAACUUUGAUAUUUGAUAUCGAAUUGCUGGAAAUAAACGGAAAAUCUUAA